CAGCACUUUGCUCUUUUUCUAAUCAUUCUACGCGGUUCAAUGAGAAAGAUUGUAUUAAUAAGUUCGGCGAUUUUUCAUUAAGUUUCAAUAUAGUGUCAAAGUUGUAUCAACACGUCGUCUUAAGAAUAUAAUAUAAUCAUGUCUGGACAUAAUUCUAUCAAACAUUCCAAAGUGCCGAGCUCAGAAGCAUUGGAACGUGUUUCACUUGCUGAAGAGAUGAGGCCAACGAGUGUUGCAGCUUACGUGGGGCAGGAACAAAUCAUUGGUCCAAACACUGUUUUGAACCAUUUAUUGGAAAAAGGGGAAAUUCCUAGUAUGAUAUUCUGGGGCCCACCUGGCUGUGGAAAGACAUCCUUGACGAAUAUCAUAGCAACUUUAAGCAAAAAAUUAACGAGCAACAAUGUACACAUUGUGAAUCUGUCUGCAGCAAAUUCUGGUGUAAAAAAUAUAAGAGAUGCUGUUACCGAAGCCAAGAACAAAUUGAAAUUGUCCGAUUGCAAGACCAUUGUCUUCAUGGAUGAAAUUCAUUGUUUCAAUAAACUGCAGCAAGAUAUAUUUCUGCCUCACGUAGAGGCAGGAACGUUUACCUUAAUUGGAUGUACCACUGAAAAUCCAUCUUACAGUUUAAAUCCAGCUCUACUAAGCCGCUGUCGUGUGUUUAUGUUAAAUAAAUUAACGAAAUGUAAUAUAACAGAGAUUCUUCAUAAAACAAUAGAACGUAUAAACGGAGACACGCUUUAUACACAAGAACAGACAAGCAGUAAAGAGCAGUUUAAAUUUCAUUCACGUACAAAACUUAAAUUUCACAUUGAUAAUAAUGCAGUACAGUGGCUAGCAGAAGCAUGUGAUGGAGAUGCACGUGUAGCUCUGAAUGCAUUAGAAUUGGCAAAGCUUAUGAGACAGGCAGAUGUAUUAAAAACAUCAAGUUACAAUAACAAUGUAACAAUAACUCUGAAAGAUAUUAAAGAAGGUUUAAUGAAAGCACAUUUACUCUCUGAGAGAGAAACUAAUCAGAGUCAUCACUUGUAUUCCGCGCUUCAUAAAUCGAUAAGAGCUGGUAAGAAAAAUGCUGUUCUAUAUUGGUUAGCCAGAAUUAUGGCAGUCAAGGAAGAUCCGGUAAACAUUGCAAGACGGCUAGUUAGGAUAUCCAGUGAAGACAUUGGUCUAGCAGAUCCAGACGCUUUAGGUGUAGCUGUUCAUACAAUGCAUGGUUGUCAAAUGAUUGGUAUGCCGGAGUGUGAUGUGCUUUUGGGACAAUGCGCGCUUUACUUAGCGAAAGCACCAAAAUCUCGAUCAAUAUAUAAUGCAUUAAAAGCAGCUGAGAAAUUCAUUUUGGAAUGUGAAGAUCAACCUGCUGUGCCAUUACACAUGAGAUGCAACUCAACAGAUGCAAAGCUGUAUUAAUAAUCUAAUGUGCUAAGAAAAUAAUGGAACCUGGUGAUUUGUAUAAUGUAUUGAUUGUUUUCAAAAAAGCAAAGCUUGUAAAUAAUAAAAUAUAUUCCACUUUUCUUAUUACAUUUA